CAACAUACUGUUCGAUGUCGUCGAAACAAUGAAAUUUUGCAAGAAUCUACAACGGGUGGUUGACAUCUCCGACCCUGAAUGGGCUCCUUAUUGGACAAAUUACAAAAUGCUAAAGGUGGGUUCAGUUCAGAGCGGCAGGUGAUUUAAUUGUUCGAAUUAAAAUGGAAUUUCUUCAUUGAACCCUACGUAGGUUUCUACGGAGUUWACGUACGACAAACAAUGGGCGAGAGAUUCGUAGGGGAUUCGUCUGGGUUCUCGGUUUGUUCACGUAUUCAGCGGGGUGGAUGGAGCCCGCAGCGGUAUAUCAUWUUUUUCUCACAGCAUCCUUUUUGUUKAACCAUUUUGAUCAUUGUACUGCAGAAAUUAAUCAAGGAGCUGCCGUCGCUUGUCCCGAACACAGAYGAGGGCAAAAGCAAUGACCAAGCCGAGAAGAUUCGUCGAGAUUCCAAUGAAAUCAGCGGCGACAAAACCGGAGAGGGAACGAAACAGCAGCAACCAAAUGCCCCCACAAUACAACCGAGAAGCUCGCAGCAGGUAUCUAUAUCUAUGGGGAAGUCCCCAGGUGAGGUUGCCUUUUUUAAAUUGAUCCAUUCGGAAUUCAAAAAGGCUUCUCACUUUUUCGACCGCGCCACCGAAGAAUUCGCRAUUCGGGAGGAACGGGUGCGUCAGGGAAUGGAAAUUAUGAGGAAACCCAACUCGAUUAUGGUCAACGAAAAAUGGGCUCUCAUGGCGAAAUCUAUUUACAGGCUGUACAAGGAUCUUCUUCUGCUGGAGACCUUUGCCAUCAUGACGUAUUGCUCSUUCUCAAAAAUUCUCAAGAAACACGACAAAGUCACGGGAUAUGAAACCAAAAAUGCUUUCAUGGCGAACAUUGUAAACAAGGCCAAUUUCACACACUAUCCGAAGGUGUUGAGCAUGAUCACUCGAUGCGAAAAAUUCUACGAGGAAGUSUCUCAGAAUCUUCACAAAGAAGGAAAAGAAGGACUAUACGAAGACGAGCGUACGUCAGCUAUUGUUUUUUCGUUUGUUUUGUGUUUAUUCUUGGAACCGAUGAAUGCAAAACACUUGCAAUUAUCUUGCCCUCUUGUYAUUGUCACUUUUCUUCAUGGCUUAAUGUCAUUCGUACUGAACCGAUCGUUUCAUCGUAUCCUUCAAUUUGUGUCACGCAAAACCCAGGUCUAUUCAUCAGCAUGAUUCAUAGAUUGAACGAGCAGGUUUUGGACAGUGCCGAUAGUGCCGCUUUGCCAAGAGAGCGGAAACAAGAGGAAGCGCCGCGCCGGAGUGGAGGUACCGACGUKUCGGCUGUCAUUUCGUUCCAGUCCAGCAAGUUGUCGUCGGCAACGUCAACGCUACGUAGUUUGGUGGAAGAAAAUGAGGUGAAUGCCAAAAAGGCUGCUGGUCCGUCKUCUAUACCCUCGACGGCAGGAGGCAAUGUAUCGGAGGAAGUGAACAAAGGUGAAGAGGAGGACGAGGAUGAUUCUGAUGUAGAACGUGGARUAGAUAACAGGGCAGCAAAACGUACAAAGGUACAAUAAUGCACAACCGAGCCACCUUUGGCCCWACAUUGAUUGUAACGCAUUGCCUGGGGUAAMUGAGAUUUAUUUGCAACUAGAAAGUUGCAAACUGUACCAUUAAUUAACCGAUUCACUUUUA